AUGGACUCGGACGGAAUACAAGCCAUCCGUAUCUUGGGCAGUCGCCUGGCCCUGGCAGGAUCGACUUCCCUCGACAAGAAGCCCUCAAAGCCCGUUCCGAAUGCCAUUCCUGACAAGAAGAUUUCCAACCCAAUUUCCAAUGGCGUCCACGACGAGAAGCCCUCGCAAGCCGCUCUGAAGUCCGUUCAUCUCGAGCUAAGAGGCGGGCUGAGUUUAGCAAAGGAAUUGCUCGACUCAAUUGAGGUUGCGCUUCAGCUUUACGGGCAGUUGGUUGAGAGGAGCGGGAAUGCCUUUCGAGAAACGUUCGCGCAAAUAUACAAGGACCAGAAAGAUCAGCUGAGGCAGUACACCGACUUCAGAGAGCAAUACGCCGACCAAUUCGGCUCCAUCGUCAACGUCCUGGAGGGCCACAGGAAGGACAUCGCAGACAGCUCGCGGGCCGCCACGGAGCAGAACGCUUCCCUGUGCAACAUCAUUGGGCAGUACAGACAAACCGUCGAGGAUAACCAAAGGGCCUUUGAGGAACACGUCAAUUACGUCAACAAGACAAUCGAGGGCCACGACACGUUGAUCGCCAAGACCCGGCACCUCGCCGGCGAACGCGACGAUUACGUCCAGAACGAGCUCAACAAGCACACCAAGUUGAUUGAAGGGAACGACAAGCUCAUCCGGGAGCAAGGCUUGUCGAUUGACAAGCUUGUUUCAGACCACGCUGAUUUGGUUGCGGAAUACCAAAAGGCUCUUGACGGACUGGCGUUACUGAUCACAGCCAACCGUAUAUUUACCUUGAUACACGAGACCCCAAGGUGGAAGAGUUUCGGGGACCGUACUCGGCAGUUCGUUGCCGAAGAGACCCAGCAGCCGACAGAAGAGCAUGCGAAGCGCAUCAGUGACCCCAAGCUAGGUACUCCCUCAGCCAACGUGGUCGACAAUGUGCAGCAGAUCGCCCGCACGUUCAGAGACGACAUGAUCAACGCCAUGAACGCGAAACCCGACGGGAUGAGCCACAGAGACUGGCUUGCCACUCGCAGGAUCAGCUCCAUAAAGGUGGACGACCACGACUGGAAUCUCGACACCAUCAGCGGGAUGGACCAGCUGAUGGCCACGGUUUUCGGCCAGCUCAAGGACACCCUGCAGAGCGCCGUCGAGGCCCGCUACGCCGAGGAGAUGAAGGAGCUCCGCCAGGGGCAGGAGGACAUGGAGAAGCUGCGGGCCGACCUUGGAGAUAUCCAGGAGGUCCGCCGCUUGCUCCGGAGAUUGCAUGAGCUCGAGGACAGGAUGCAGCAGCACCGGGAGACCGAGGCGCUCCGCGAGAAGGAGGCUCAGCAGGCCCGGCGGGAAGAGGAGGUGCGGCGGCUCGUGAGGGAGGAGAUGGAUCGGCGGGCCGCGGAAGGAGACACCAUCGCCUCUGCCACCAGCGACGUCACCGCCUCCAGGGACGGCGAUACCCUCACUGCCGCCACGAUAACCAACCUCACCGACUUGACCUACCCCGAACCCAUCCCGACCGGGGCACCUGCCGUCACCGGCGACACCGGCGCGCCGGAGUCUCCGGGUCAUGAAGCCGAUGAUGUCGCCGACGACGCCACCGACAAAGAUGAUGAUGUUUCCGGCGAGGGCCGCUUGCUGGGCGACUUUCUGGGUCGCAUGCUGGCCCGAGAGGACUGGCCGGAUAAGAAGAAGCCGCGCCGCAUGACCCGCAAGAUGCACGCCAUGGCGAGGCAGAGGGCUGAGCAGCAAAAGGAGGAGUAG